AUGGCAGUUGUGGGGGAGAUCGACCAGUCCCUGGACCAGUGUCUGGAGGAUUUGAAGCGCCACUUCCUGUCCCUCCGGCAGGAGAUGGAUGCCCUGAAGGCAGACAACGACGCGUUAAAGCAGCCUGCGAAGGGGAAGGCCGGCGAUCUGAAUAAGAUCGAGCAGCUCGAACUGGAAAACGAGGUGCUGACUGAGCAAGUCAACGAGCUGAAGGCACAGCUUUACAUGACGAGCUCGGCCGUGCUCGAUGACGAGCGGAUUCAGAAUUCGGCCACCCGCCUCUUGGCCGGAGCUUUUGGCGUGCCUUCGGAGACUCUCAAACCUCCUGAUGCUUCAGUUGUGUUUUUUCUACAAGCCUACGUGGCAGAGGGUCAGGCGGCCUUGCGCCGGGUGGAGGCCAGGGAGCGGCGGGCGAGUUCUGCGCAGGCGUCCUUUCGUCUGCAAGCGCAGCAGACAAACAGAUCCGGCAGGGGACGAACCGAAGAUCAUAUACUCCCUGUCAGCAGCGGCGCCAAGCGCUCUGCAGUAAAGGGCAAAGGAGCGUGGAAGCGAUGGACUCCGGACGCAAUUCUGCGGGGAGGCUUCUCGCCGGGUAGCAUGAGCUCGCGCAGCGCUGCAGGUCAAAUGGAAGGGGCAAGCGCCUCAGGCGUGAUGAGCGCUAGACUCUUCGUGGCUGAGUGCAUUGAGCAGGGCCAGAAAGACUACGCUUCUAAGCUUCAGCGGCAGCUACAUCACGAUGGCGACGGUCCUCUUGAUUUUGCAGUGCUGAAUAUGAUGUUCGAUGAGACAGAGUUGGAAUUAGACAUGGGCAGUGAGGGGGAAGCUGCCUGGUCUGUCCUCGCAAGCCAUUCUCAGAUCACUUUUUGCAGUCAAGGGCAAGUCGUUGACUUUGAUGCUGUUCGCGCCCCUUGCGUUUUGCCAACGAAAAAGGCAGCUACCAUGUGGCCUGUGCUAGGUGCUGGAGUUGGCGGCCUUUGGCCGGGCGUGACCUCAGUUGACGCAGAGAUGCGUGCUGUCCUGAUCACGUGCGACGCAGGCCCAGCAAACAUCAAGUUACUAAAGCACCUGUGCGCAUGCCUGCCAGAUUCAGUUGGCUUGAUUCCCACGCUUUGCGCGCAACAUCGCAAUGGCAACGUGAUCGAGCGCGCCACGAAGUUGUUGGGCAUCUUGCCGGGUUGCUUUGCAGUAUCGAAAACCAUGAUUCAAGGGUCGUGGAUGCGAACCAUUGGCAAGCGUGUCCAGGAAGUUUUAGCUGCCAGGCUCAUCGUCAUGGAAGAAGACCCCGAAGGUUUGCAGGAGGAGUGGGCUCGUUCCCGGGUAGCGGCCAGGGCUUUGCUAGAUUUAGUGAUCUUGAAUGCUCCGCAAGGCGAGGACGACCAGCCAGCCCGCGGCUUCGCGACGGCGGUGAGCGACUUCAUGACCUUCUUCCCUGGUCCAUGGAAAGGACCGCCGGUUUGCUCAUGCGCGGGGGAUGUUUUGGCAGGGUAG